UCGACGGGGGGGUUGGGCACUGUCUCCUUCUUAAGCCCCCCUCCCCUUUCCCGCUGCCCCUCCUCCAAAGAAAGCGUCUAUAAAUGAGCGAAAUACAAGGAGAGCGCAGCUCCAGCGAACCUCGAGCCGAGGACACGAGCGCUCACCCCGGGGCGCGAGCUGUGGACACCGCUCGCUGGGCGACAGCGCGGAAACAUGCCUCCCUUCGAGAAGUCUCUCGAACUGAAACCUUUCAAGCAGAGAAAAUGCCUUGCUACAAGAAGGCAUGAGGUCUGCAGCAUUCGCUCCAAAUUUCCCAACAAACUGCCCGUGAUAGUGGAGCGCUGUGUCCGAGAGAAACACCUUCCGCUGCUGGACAAGAGCAAGUUCCUGGUGCCCUUCGAACUCACCAUGGGCCAGUUCCUCAGCCUGCUCCGGAGUAAGAUUGACCUGAGCCCCACCCAGACUUUGUACCUCCUCGUAUCUGAGCGCAGCAUGUCCUGCAUGUCAGCUAGCAUGGGCGAGAUCUACUCCCAGCACAGCGACCCUGACGGCUUUCUCUACAUGACCUACGCCUCCCAGGAUGUGUUCGGUGGCAUAGCAGUGUGGUCAGCACCCCCCUUUUGACCCUCACUUGAGACAAUCUGUCUGACAUUUUGACCACUGUGGAGUACAGAAGGGAGGAAUUGGAAAUAAUAUUAUCCUCCAUUCCUAGUUUUUGCUCUUUUUCUAUUUAUUCUCUUUAUUUUUAAUUUAUUUUGUUUCCAGUUUAACACAUGGAUUCCAGUGGAUGUAACUGGUACCUUUGUGACUCUACCACCCUUUAGACAAACGACCAAAAGAAGGAUCGCCUGUUUAUUUACAGUUAUCCCACAAUGCUAUUUAAAGCAUCUUUUAUUAAAUUAUACAUGCUCUGAGUGUCAGAGGAAACUAAACAAUAUUAAAUGCAGUAUAAAGAGCUCUUUGUAAAACUGAGCCAGAUUUAGCUGUCACUUUUGCCAAAUCUUGUGUGUAACAUCAGAAAACUGUGAUGUGACAAGGGCUUCUUGUAGGUUUAUGGAUCAAAGUGUCAUGUCAGGGGGUACGAUUCUCCCUUUGAACUAUUUCGCUCAAAUUCUGAAGAUGCCAGAGGUGGUCUGGCAAGACAGUGGAUGGUGCAGGGAUCCAGAAAUUCUCCUGCUUCACAUCUCACUGAUUCCUGGAUUAGGAUGAAAAGCAGGUGGUAAAGGGGUCUCUUUCCGGUGAACACACUGCAGACUUUUGGACACUUGUGUAGCUGCAUUUCUAUGCACCCAGCUGAUUUAGAUAUAA